UUAGAUUCAGCACCGUUUCCAGUGCCUCUGCAAUGACUCAUUGAAACAUCUUCUGUGCUGAUAAAGCCGCAUCUCUAUUCUCCCCCACACACACACACACACACACUCACACGCACGCACGCACACAUUCACAGGACGUAUAGCCGGGCUGCCUUCUACAUCGGGACUGCGCUUCUUACUUUGGAUUUGCAGAGCAGCAGGCUGGACGUGGACUUAAUUGUAUUUUUUUUUCUUCCUAUGUGGUGUGUGUUUCGCCUGAAGUCGGGACUUAUAUAAAAGAGACGGUGGAGAUACAGGCUGAGGAUAUCCCAUCAAGCUGGAGCCCAGGUAGAGCAUCCCAGGCUCUCUCCUGUUCUGGACAGGGGAGUCGUACAGCAGCCAUCAAUCUCCAUGCAGACUCUCGGGAUGGGGAGCUCUGAGAAAGCUGCUUUAUUUGGCUGGGGCUCCUUUGCUCAUCUUGCAGUCUGAGGAGCAGCAGGAAGUAUCUCGGUGGAGGGGCAGGGGGGGGCACCGAGGACCCAAGGGCGGAUCAUAACCAAGACCUGCCAGGCUCAGGCCCAGCACAGCAGGAGCAUGUCAGCGCCGGGAGGCCCUUCAUUGAUGUGUCGCUCCGCAGCCAAGGCCAACCUUUUUCUGUGGAUGGGCCUGGCGUCCAUCUGUGUGGCUGCUGUUCAGACCCAGCAGCACCCUGUGGUCACCACAAAUUACGGAAAAUUGCGGGGAGUGAAGGUUACGUUACCCAAUGAGAUCCUGGGACCAGUGGAACAAUACUUGGGGAUCCCGUACGCGCUAGCCCCAACGGGGGAGCGGAGGUUCCAGCCACCAGAGCCACCCAUGUCCUGGCCGGGCAUCAGGAAUGCUACUCAGUUUGCUCCGGUUUGUCCUCAGUUCUUAGAGGACCGCUUUUUGCUCAAUGAUAUGCUCCCUGUCUGGUUCACCGCCAACUUGGAUACAGUGGUAACCUAUGUGCAGGAGCAGAGCGAGGACUGCCUUUACCUGAACAUCUAUGUCCCCACAGAGGACGGGGCCAACUCAAACAGACAAGGCGCAGAUUUCAACAGUAAUGAUGGUGGCGGUGAUGAAGAUAUCCACGAUGAGAACGGGUUAAAGCCGGUCAUGGUUUACAUCCACGGAGGCUCCUACAUGGAAGGAACCGGCAACAUGAUUGACGGCAGCAUCCUGGCCAGCUACGGGAACGUCAUCGUCAUCACAAUCAACUACCGGCUCGGUGUUCUGGGGUUUCUAAGCACAGGAGACCAGGCGGCCAAGGGCAACUACGGCCUGCUGGAUCAAAUUCAGGCUCUCAGGUGGAUCAAAGAAAACAUCCAGGCCUUCAAAGGAGAUCCGAAGAGAGUGACCAUUUUUGGUUCUGGCGCCGGGGCAUCGUGCGUCAGCCUGCUCACCCUCUCGCAUUACUCAGAAGAUCUGUUCCAGAAAGCCAUCAUCCAGAGUGGCACAGCACUGUCCAGCUGGGCGGUCAACUACCAGCCUGCCAAGUACACCCGGGCCCUGGCUGAGAAGGUGGGCUGCAACAUGCUGGACACCAUCGACUUGGUGGAGUGCCUGCAGAACAAGAACUACAAGGAGCUGAUCGAGCAGUACAUCACACCUGCAAAGUACCACAUCGCCUUCGGGCCCGUGAUUGAUGGCGACGUCAUCCCAGAUGAUCCCCAGAUCCUAAUGGAGCAAGGGGAGUUCCUCAACUAUGACAUCAUGCUGGGGGUCAAUCAGGGUGAGGGGUUUAAGUUCGUGGAUGGCAUUGUGGAUAGUGAGGACGGGGUGUCUGCCAAUGAUUUUGACUUUGCUGUGUCGGACUUUGUGGACCAUCUGUAUGGCUACCCGGAGGGCAAGGACACUCUACGCGAGACCAUCAAAUUCAUGUACACGGACUGGGCAGACAAGGAGAACCCAGAGACCCGGCGGAAGACCCUGGUGGCUCUGUUCACUGACCACCAGUGGGUGGCACCAGCAGUGGCCACAGCCGACCUCCACGCCCAGUAUGGUUCACCCACCUACUUCUACGCUUUCUAUCACCACUGUCAGAGCGACAUGAAGCCCAGCUGGGCUGAUUCAGCCCAUGGUGAUGAAGUGCCAUAUGUGUUUGGAAUCCCCAUGAUCGGCCCCACAGAUCUCUUCAACUGCAACUUCUCAAAGAAUGACGUGAUGCUGAGUGCUGUUGUCAUGACCUACUGGACUAACUUUGCUAAAACAGGGGAUCCAAACCAACCAGUUCCACAGGAUACAAAGUUCAUCCACACGAAACCCAACCGAUUUGAGGAGGUAGCCUGGACCAAGUACAACCCCAAAGACCAGCUCUACCUUCACAUCGGCCUCAAACCUCGAGUCCGAGACCACUACCGCGCUACAAAGGUCGCCUUCUGGUUGGAACUAGUUCCACAUCUCCACAACAUCAAUGAAUUUUUUCAGUACGUAUCCACCACCACCAAAAUACCUCCGCAGGACACCACCCCCUACCCUUACACCAAACGAUUCCCUGGAAAAAACAACUGGCCGUCCACCACCCGCCACCCAGGAGUCCCGCCCGCCAACACCAAACAGACCACAGACCAGCGCAAGAGUGGCGACCUGACCGACGAGUCCACCGUGGUGAUCGAGACCAAGAGGGACUACUCCACCGAGCUCAGCGUCACCAUCGCAGUCGGAGCCUCCCUGCUCUUCCUCAACAUCCUCGCCUUCGCCGCACUCUACUACAAAAAAGACAAGCGGAGGCACGAGUCCAACCGCCGCGUCCCCACCCCGCAGCGCAACUCCACUCCCGCCAACGCGCCCUCCGCUGCCAACGACGUGGCCCACCUGCAGAGCGAGGAGCUGAUGUCACUGCAGAUGAAGCAGCAGCAGCUGGAGCACGAGCACCACCACGAGUGCGAGUCGCUGCAGACCCAUGACACGCUGCGCCUCACCUGCCCGCCUGACUAUACCCUUACCCUGCGGCGCUCGCCCGAUGACAUACCCCUGAUGACGCCUAGCACCAUCACCAUGAUCCCCAACUCACUGGCUGGCAUGCAGCCUCUGCACAACUUCAAUACUUUCGGUGGCAGCCAGAACAGUACCAACUUACCCCACGGCCACUCCACCACACGGGUAUAGCUCCACUGGGAUGGGACGGUGCUGGAUUCCCUCUGGAUCGGCCUCUAACCUCUCAAGGCAUGCGAUAUGAGUGACGGACUGUGUGAAGCACAGACUCAGAAGAUGUUAUUUUGCUACCAUGCCUUCUUGAAAAGCGUAUACAGUAUAAAUUAAUAAUGAACUCGUGACAAUAUUCAAAGUGAAUGUUACUGUAGUAAUAACUCGACUUGGAGCUAAGCUUCACGGGAGGUUUGCAAGGAGUUUUACCAAAAGAAAAGGCAACGGGAUGACUAUCAAUGUUCUUACAAUAAAAACAGAACAGUUUAAGUGUGACAGAGAAGCUCUGUGACAUGAGCGCAGAACAAUUGAACGUCUGAAACAUAAUCUUUUCAUGAUCCUUCAUGCAUCAGAGACCUGACGUGGGCACAGAAUUCUACACCCCAGCCUGAAAUGUAUUUAAGAAAACUUUGUAAGAAAAUAAAAAAUAAAAAAUAAAUUAAAAAAAAGACAAAAGAAAGAAGGACAGAAGGUAUAUAGUUGUGUGUGGAAAUUUAAAAUAUAAAAAAAAAAAAUAUGUUAAAAGAGCUCCUUCUAUUAUUGUUUUUACUUUGGCUGAGAUCUUUUGGGUUUUUCCGGCUUGUGUUUUCUGUUCAGGUGCAUGUAAAUAUCGACAAACAUUCUUCAUUCUUCCGAUCACAACCUGUGUUUCAUUAUUUUUUUUUUUUUUUUCACAGAACGACCAAAAUGCGAACACAAUCCCAUCGUCGGAGAGUUGCACAACGUGCAUCCGCAGGCCAUCACAUACAAUACUGUCUCGUGCGUUGCUUUGUUUCCACUCUUUAGACACUGCAUGUCCAGGAAGAGCUUUACUCUCCAUUUUCAGACACGUCACCUGUCUGAGAAUGAGGACUGACUUGAUCCCAUUCACCUGCCGUCAUCCUGUUAUGCUUCUAAUAGUUUUCUUUGUGGGCUUUUUUCUGUCUUGCAACCUCAGCACUGCCUGAGCUUACAAUGUGACCAGCAAUGUAUUAUUUAGAAAUAAAAAAAGGCAGUGAUUUUUUUUGUAUCAAUAUUAGUUGGAUAUGUUUGUAAAGAAAUAUAUGUUAGAUAUUUCAAAUUGUCAUAUGCUAGCAAUAUGUAAAGUAUUGUGCCAGGCUUGUGAUAUUUUGGGUUACAAAAGCAAGUGAAUGAGUGUAAAUAUUAAUGAUAUUAUUAUGAAAUUACAACAAAAGUAACCAUUAACUCUCUUUCCGUUUUGCAUCCUAUUACGAGAAAAAAAAAAAAUGGAAGUACACCUAGAAGAUUUUAAGCUACAUUUGUAAAUUCUAUAAAAGAUAUAUUCUUGCCAUUUGGUCCCGAAAACCAGUCAAGAUAACAAGGGUUUUAAUGUAGAGUUUCAAAAAUCUUUAGUUUGUCUUAUUUUGUUUGCGGUUUUGCCUUAAGUGAUAAUAGAGAUAUUUCUGGCUGGACACCUGUAUAAACUUUUUCUGCAACAUUUUUAAUAAAAUAUCACAGUAUUUUCUAAAAAAAAAAAAGAGAAAAAAA